CAAAAAACAAUCUGGGAGAGGAAGGAGGUUGGGAGGGAAGUGUGACCAGCAGGAAGAGGCGACAAUGGCGCGAGGUGGCGCGUGGGCGGCGGCGGCGGCGGCGGUGCUGUGGUGGAUGGCGACGGGCGCCAGGGCGGUGUGGCUGGAGAUCGCGCCGUCGGGGACCAAGUGCGUGGCGGAGGAGAUCCGGUCCAACGUCGUCGUCAUCGGCGACUACGCCGUCCUCUACGAGCACCAGCAGGUCCAUCCCACCGUCUCCGUCAAGAUCACAUCCCCUUUUGGGGAUACCAUACACAAGAAAGAUAAGGUUACGGUGGACCAGUUUGCAUUUACCACAUCAGAAGCAGGAAAUUACUUGGCUUGCUUUACAGUUGACGGUGAUAACAAGGGUUUGGUGAUGAAACUAAAUCUUGACUGGAAAAUUGGUAUCGCGGCAAAAGAUUGGGAUGCUAUUGCUAAAAAGGAAAAGAUUGAGGGAGUUGCGCUAGAGUUGUUUAAGCUUGAUGAAUCUGUCCAAACAAUCUAUGAAAAUCUGCUCGUGCUGAGGACCAAAGAAUCCGACAUGAGAGAUGUCAGUGAGGUGACGAAUGCUAGGGUCUUAUGGUUGAGCAUGAUGUCGCUCGGUGUUUGCAUUUGUGUUUCAGUUAUGCAGCUGGUGCAUCUAAAACGGUACUUCCGAAAGAAGAAGCUUAUCUGAGAUUAUAUACUCCUCUGCAGCAUACAUACAUUCUAUGUUCUAUUUAGUACUAGAUGAAAUAUAAUAAUUUUGCCACAAUGGAUGUUAAGCAAUUAUGUUACAGAUAAAUGAUAGCAUGUUCUCACCUAAUCCCAAGUUCAGAUAAGAUGGCACUGCUGCCA